CUGUCAAAGUGAAGCCAAAAUGAAUGGGAAUCAAUGGAAUGCUAACAGCAGGUGGGGGUCCGCUAGCCAAUGGCGGUGCACAGGGGUGCUUCAAAAAAUAUGAAACCCUGCCCCGCUGAAUAUUACACAACACCGGCCCUUAGUUUAUAGUGUCUACCCGCCUUGUUCGGAACCAACACAUAAAACAACUUCUAGAGAAAACAAGCAAUUUUAUUAGUUAUUUCUUAGUUUAUUUGUAUUUAUGCAUAGAUGUUUGGUUUUAAACUAGUACUUAUUAAGUUGCUAAAUGUGUAGGUGUGAAAUUAAGUCUUAUGUGUUUCGCUUACCUUUAUUUUGAAAAACCAAGGUUGCGUAAUACAGAGGAAGUAAACAGUCCAGUUAUUGCUUAAUUCACAGCUUCAGCUGAGGGCUUGUUAAAAUCCACCAGUGGGUCCCCUUUCACAACUAAAUGUAGUAGUGAAACCUUAGAUUUAAAAAAAAAAAACGAUGUCAACAGCAAUGAACUUCGGAACCAAGACCUUUCGCCCGCGUCCACCGGACAAAGGAGCGUUUCCCUUGGAUCAUUUUGGUGAAUGUAAAUCGUUUAAAGAGACAUACAUGCGAUGUCUUAGAGACAACCAUUUCGACAGUUCGAGCUGUCGAGGAGAGUCAAAAGAGUACCUGGAGUGCAGGAUGGACAGACAGUUAAUGGCAAAGGAACCCUUUGAAAAACUUGGAUUUAAGGACUUAAUGGAGAAACACGCAGAAGAAAUUAAGCCAAAUCCUGACCAAAUAUAAUGGCUUGCAUUCACAUUAUGUUAAACAGUUAUGUGUUAUAUUUAUCUUGAUAUCAACUGAUAAACUACUAUAACAAGGAUAUUUUAAAAAUAAAUAAUCAAGGUGUGUAUGUGAAUAAUAAUCCGUAUGCCGAGUGUUCCCAUACUGAUACUUGGCAGAUUUGUAGAGUGGUCUUAAAAUUGUUUUAAUGAUUUGAGUUUUGUUCUUAUCACUGGAGCUUUUUGAUAUUUCUCUGGAAUAAAGAGUGAGCUUAGCUCAGCACUGCUAUGAACAGCCUUGCCAUUAAAAAAAAAAAAAAAAAAAAAACUUUACAUUUUUUUAAUGUAAAUAAGACAGUUAAAACUUAACUUUUUUUGGCUCAAGUAAAUUCAAUCUCAACAAAAAAAUUAAAGAAAACAUCGCACAAAUAUACUGACAACAAUUUACAGCACAAAAUCAUAAUUUGUGAAUCUAUUUAUAUAACAACCCUUUACGGACACCUUGGCAAUUGAAUCACCAUUGGCUAGUAAGUUGUUUUGUUUGUUCACCAGACUGAAAUGCUAUACUAUCUUUACUAUCUGUCUGUCUAUCUAUAUCUAUAUAUAUAUAUAUAUAUAUAUAUAUAUAUAUAUAUAUAUAUAUAUAUAUAUACAUACAUAUAAAAUAUAGCGGUGCCAUUUUACAAAUAUAUAUUUUAAAAUUAUCACGGUUAUCAGUAUUAUCACUGCAUUGUUAUAAUGGGCUGGAGAUGUUAAAAACGUACAUACACAUAAAUCACUUAACCAAGAUUUAUAUUUAAAAAUCAACAAACAACAGAUAACAUUACUUUUUGUUUGCAUAAUCACUAAAACAAUAACAUUACCAAUGAUGUCCGGAUUUUAAAUGACAAUUUGACUGACAACAAUUUAAUAGCAUUCAAGAUUGAGAUAUUUAAUGUAAGUGUUCAAUUAAAGCUUUGAAGAAGUUCAAUAAAAGGUAAACAUUUCAGCCUUUAAAUCAAGAAAAGAUAUGUCAAAAUUUUAAUUGCUUAAAAAACCUCUGUGAUCACAAAAGCAUUGCUAUUUAAAAGACUUCCUUUAGGUCAGCAGUUCUCAAUUCCAGUCCUCGCGCCAAGAAAUACAGAAAUUGGUGGUGAAAAAUUGAAAAAGCAUAAUAUCACUCCUUUAAAAGGCAUUAUUAAGCAGUUCAUUAAUACGGCUAUAAAGUUUUUUUUUUUUUCUUCAGCAUAUGAGAUCAUUAAGAAAGUGAAAUUAAAUGAUUAAUAAACUAUGUCAGUGUAAAUAUAUAAAUCUUAUUAUUUAGACACAUGAAAAUUGUUGGUCAGUGUGUUAAUAACUGCUUUAUUAACAUAUAUUCCUACUGUAAUUAAGGAUAAAGUCAAGUUUUUAUAAAACAUUUAAUAAUUGCCAGCUAUCUAUUUUUGUGAGCUCAUCUAAAGUGAGGACCAUUUUUAAAACAUUCACAAAGGAGAAUUAAAGUAUCAUUCAUCUACCAAACUAAAGUUAAACACAACACAGAGGGAUACAGAACACAUAAAUAUUUUUUCAAGAUGAAAAAAUUUACUGUACAGCUGUACACUUGAUAAAAAAAUGAAAUAUAAAUAUGUAAUGUACUAGCUUUCCAAUGCCUUUGCCGUUGAUAACAGGAGUAAGAAAGUUUAGAUCGUGUACAAACAGAGUCCAUGCAGACGGAUGUAGAUGCAUAACAAAUGUCUUUCUUUAUUACUUGAGCUCCAUUAAACAUGAUCUCAAACUUCUUGUGGCCUCUCCUUGUUCACAUGUACACACAAAGCAAAAGCCAGAGAGAGAGAGAGAAAUAUAUAUAUAAUAUUUCUGAGUUCUGUAUCAAUCUGUGUUGUGUUUUUUAUUUUUAUUUUAUUAAAUUUUCUUAUAAAAAUAACUGAGCCUUUAAACUUCUUUGUAAUAUAUGUGCUUAUAAACCAAGAACAAUUUAUUUAUAGCUGUAUUUAUAAACUUACUAAUGACUAUUCAUUUUGGCCUUACUAAGCAUGAACUGACUAUUUACUGAUGCUUAGCUAAUAAGUGCAGUUAUUAUAAAGUGUGACCCAUGCAUUUACUAAUGUUAACCAAUGAGACAUUAUUUUACAGUGUUAUCAAAUCCUUUAAUGAUUUAUAAAAGUUUUGUAAUGAUUUUAUUUUCCUAUGAUCAUUUGUGAAAUAGUUUUGCUUGCAUUGCAGCUUAGUCUUCAUCUGUGAGCUGAACAGUUUUACUGUUAAAUCCAAGAGAUUAUGUAAAUUCAGAUAAAUGUCAUGUCACAGGAUGUCAUAGUAAAGCAUGUCUGUGUGUGUCAAAAUCGUGAUUAAAAUCUAAAUCAAUUCAACAAAAACAAAAAAAAUAAAAAUAAAAUUGUCCAUA